CCGCAUCGUGCUGCAUGUGAUUUGACGCUCCAACUCGUAUGAUCCUUAACAAAUAUUCCUACCUGGCGAUCCUAUGGGUUUUCGUGGUGUCUUGCCAAUUAUUCCCCCGACUUGCAAAAAUUACAUCCACUUCAUUGGCAAGUCUAACGCUCAGAUUCCCCGGUAAACAUCUGCAGCAAGCUUCAAUGUCAACGUCCAACUUUUCGUCAUACCUCAAGUCCCGGAAGGCAAAUUUUCUAGCUGAUAAUGGGAAGGGAUGGACAGUGGUAAUGGGCAAUGAAGCGGGCGAUCUCGAUUCUCUCGCUAGUGCACUCGGAUAUGCCUGGUUGCGCUCCAACAAGAGCGAAAAAGCGAUCGCAUAUAUAACUACACCUAAGGAGGAUUUCGUCCUUAGAGCAGAGAAUUUGUACGCCCUUGGUCUUGCUGGAAUCAACUACCCUUUUGAAGAGCUCUAUUGCUCUGGUGAUCCUAUGCCAUCACAAGUGUCCCAGUUUGCACUUGUGGAUCACAACGUCCUUCACACUAGACACGCAUCUCCAACAGCCAGGGUUGUUGCAGUGAUAGAUCACCACGAGGAUGAAGGACAAUACAAGGAUACAGCUGAUCCCAGGAUAGUCGAACCAGCAGGAAGUUGCUCGUCUCUUAUUGCAAGAUUGUAUCAAUCGUCCCCCAAUCUUUCCGUACCCCCAGAACUGUCGACGCUCUUGCUGAGUGCUAUUUUGAUCGAUACCCAUGGCCUAAAAGAGGGAGGAAAAGCUUUAGAUGUCGACAGGGAGGCAGCUGCGUUUUUAAAAAUCUCCGCGUCAUCAGAUAAACAACCAAUUACCCACUUCCCUUCCGUUCAGUCUCUAUCCGCGACGUUGGGAGAGAAGAAGCUAUCUGUAUCCCAUCUCAGCACGCGGGACUUGCUACGGAGAGACUACAAGGAGUACGCAUUCAGCAUGCCUGCAUCCGAGGAUAUGACGCCAUCUUCCGAUGUAAUAAGAGCGGGUCUUGCCACCGUCCCACUUCGCCUCUCUGCAUUCUUUGCAUCAUCAAAUUAUCCUAUAAAAGAAAUUCAAGAUUGGCUCGCCGAAAGAGAUCUUGGCGUUCUCGGCAUACUCACUACUUUUCGGAGCAAGAAAGGCAAGGGAAGGCGGGAGCAACUUUGGAUAAUCAAGGCAGAUGAAGGCAUCGCAGAGAAACUUUGGCAGGGCCUCGAAUCAAGCGAAGAGCUUAAGCUGAAAAGGCUUGAUUUCUCAAAGUUCGUUGGCGGCGCCAACGCGGCUGAGGAAUCUGAAGACGAGGAUGCUGGAGAAGUCACGACCGAUGAAGCGCGGUUUGGGGAGUCAUAUGUUGCAAGGGCAUACAAGCAGGGUAAUGCAAACGCGACGAGGAAGCAGACUGCUCCCAUUCUCCGGAGAAUUAUGGAUGGGCUAUGAACUCAUGAGGUGAUUGCUUGACACAGUUUGAAACUCGCUCGUACCUGAUAUAUCCGAUGUAUAUGUAUAAAGACACGCAAUGAACCCAUGCAAAGUUAACGAUCGCCGUGUCGGAUUAUCCUUCGUUUCUUCAUAAGU